CGCAGACUUUGGUCCUCGCUAAGCAUUUGUGCUGAAGACAGGUUGUUAUGAGACUCGUGCCAUUCCCCCACUGUUUUGUCCCACCACAGAUCCUGAAAGACCAGAGUGUAACUACCUGCUGCAAAGCUUUGUUCUGCCCCCAAGACCCACUAUGGAAGCCAUUGCCAAGUUUGAUUUCACUGCAUCUGGAGAAGACGAGCUGAGCUUCCAGGCUGGGGAUAUGUUGAAGAUUUUGAGCUCCCAGGAGGAGUGGUACAAGGCUGAGCUCAGAAGUCACGAGGGUUACGUUCCAAAGAACUUCAUUGAUUUCCACGUUCCCCCCUGGUUUGAUGAGAAGAUAUCCCGCCACGAAGCAGAGAACCUUCUCAUGAGCAAAGGAGUUGGCUGCUUCAUCGUCCGAGCCAGUCAGAACUCUCACGGUGACUUUUCCAUCUCUGUCAGGCAUGAAGAUGAUGUGCAACACUUCAAAGUGAUGAGGGAUUCAAAGGGUAGCUAUUACUUGUGGACAGAAAAAUUCCAGUCACUAAACAAGCUGGUGGACUACUACAAGACAACUUCCAUCUCCAGGCAGAAGCAGAUCUUCCUAAGGGACAACAGCCAAGAAGAAAAGGAGAGGCGGGGUGGGAGCCUGGAAUGGAUAGGCCAGGAAGGAUUCCACAUGGGAGGAGCAGCUGGAGAAGAUCAUUCUUCUAUAUCCAAGAGAUAUGUAGAUCAUCCUAUUCCCAUACUGCAGCAGCAACAGGAAAGAUAUGGUGGGAGUUUGGACAGGAAGGACAUGAUGCACAGGCUAAGGGAUCAUGGCCAAGGAGGUGCAGGCGCUAUGCAACGGAGACACACAGACCCACUGCACCAGCAGACACCGCGAACGCUGUGGGUCCGUGCCUUGUACGACUUCGAGGCGAUGGAACACGAUGAGCUGGGCUUCCGCAGUGGAGACAUCUUAGAGGUCCUGGACAGCUCCAACCCAUCCUGGUGGAAAGGGCGCCUGCGUGGGGAACUGGGUCUCUUCCCUGCCAACUACGUCACGCCAGUGCUGCUGUGAGGGCACAGCGUGGCCCAGAGGGCUGUGCUGGAGCUGCUCUUCUGACAUGACAGGGACAGAGAAGGAGUGCAUCUUCCCUCUCCACCAGGACAUUGUUUUUUGUUUUGUCUUAAUUUAUUGGCAUAGAUCUUUUGAAAUGUUGGCAUGAAAGAGAACCCUUCAAAGAAGAAUUUUUUUUUUCCCCUUAGUUUUCAGUUAUGAAGGAGAGGGAGAAAAAUCUUGGACUGUUCCUUUAGACUUUGCCGGGUCCUCCCUGCCCUGUCACCUCUUUGGCUAACUAUUGUUAACCUCCUGCAAUUAGGUUUAUUCUGUGGAAAUGCUCUUCAGAAAAGCCAGGGUUCAGAUUAACUUCAGGUUCAGUAUUGAGGUAGCACUGCCCCUUCAUUUUGGAUCUGGUAGCUGUCAUAGUCUCUUCAGGAUCCAGUCCACCUUUCUUUCAGAGGCAAGAGGGAUGUCCACAUGAAUUAAAUGAUCCUUGGCAACCACAUUAACCCUUCAGCUAGGGAAGGAAAGUGGAGGGGCUUUAGGUUGAGGCAAUCUAGAUUUUUCUUAAUAGUUUCUGGUUUACCCAUACUGUGUGUAUGAACUGUAUGGACAUACCAGAUGAAGGGGAGGAAUCCUGUAAGCUUUUGUACAAACAUACAAGUGUGAAGGUGUGGGAGGACAAGAAGCUUUCUUAGCUUCUUCACAUAGGCCUGCUCUUCUUCCUGCACCCCAUAACAGCUCACCCAUUCUCAAGCUGCUCCUUUAGGUACCUGCACUUAAGCUAGAUAGCCUGAUUAUAGCAGAUCAGGACCUUCAGCUAAAUUAGUGUCCACUGGAUUGGAUAACAAUUAAUAUUUGGUUGGUUCCUUUUGUAGAACUGAACUGGGGAGGGAUUGGAGAGGUUUCUCUGGUUUGGUGGCAGAAGUUCUUCCCCUGAGAACUUGCUGUAUUGAGGAUCACCAUGCACACGACUCUGGCUUACUAGAGAAAUGUCUCAUCCAACAGGUUGAGCUGUUAUUUUACAGCAUGCAGAGAAUAAA